AUGCCGCCCAAACGUGUUUCACGCCGGGCUGGCGCAACUCCUCAGAGAACACAUCUGCAACCCGAAUAUGAGUCAAUCCUCGACCGCGCGCAAGCGCCUGUUUUGCCUAGUGUUCCAGUCCAAGCAUCGUUCAACUAUGGCGCUACUACUACCACAGCAUUACCUCAGCGCAUGUCGAUAAGGCCCAACAUUGGGAUUGAUCAGAUGGCUGGAACAGUCGAUGCAAGUCUUGAGACUGCUCGAAGGCGAACAGCGGCUACAAAGAAGAAGCAAGGCACUCAAACACGCAAGCGUGAGCCAACACCCGACGAAACCCAGCUUCAGCAGUCGCUGCAUCGUGCAGCAGACGAACACUCCGAUCAAACUCCUUCGCCUCCAGUUCCACAUUCGGUAUCUACGGAUAGUCCUGACGCUCAACCACCAUUACAACGCCAGUUGUCGAACUCUCCGCUUUAUCCAUCGCCGCUUCAGCGGAUGGGUUCUCCACGCAUUAAUAGUCCUAUAGAUAGCUCGCCAUUCCGCCACAGCUCUGUUGAUAAUGCUUCUGUGGCGUCUUGGAAUCUAGAGCGUGAUAUUAACGAAGAUGACCUGCAAAGAACGCGACCAAGCAAACAUGGGCGCAACAUCACAGCGCCACCUCGACGAAUUUCUGGCCUGGCUAAUGUUCUCGAGGAGGACGAAGAAGAAGAAGAAGAGGAAGAGGAAGAAGAAUACGUCAAGUUUGAAUCGGAAAUAUAUCAUGAUUUGGAGCCCGAUGUCCCCAAGGAAAGCUUUUUGCGUCGAUGGCUAGAAGCAGUGCGGCCCCGACGUCGGGAGCCCCAUAUUCAGAAUGAAACCACCAACGAGGUACGCCGAAAAAGCCGGACACAGACGUUUCGAGCAGCAAUGGAGGGCCCAUACCAAAACUGGAUCCGGGCUGCGUUCUAUUUUCUUUUGUUUCUGAGCUUGAUUUUCGUGCCCUUGAUCGCCGCGAAGCUUCGCGACUAUCUAGAGCACGGUUCUCUGGAUUGGGAUACCUCUUCGAACAUAACCAUCUCUAAACCGGAAGUUUUCCAUAGCCUCCGGAGCCAGGUAUCAAAAAUGGACGUUCAGAUGUCAUCCUUGUCCAACGAGCUCAGUUCUGUUCGAUCAGAACAGUCACUUUCCAGCGUUCAUGACUCGAUGCCCACAGACCCAAGCCUCCAUCGGAAACCGGUCUACAAGGUAAAUUUCCUCUCGGUGGCGUUGGGGGCAAUGAUUGACCCAGCGAAAACUUCACCGACUUUGGGUUCCAAACAGAGCGCUUCUUUCCGAGCACUCCUCUGGGCGAGUUCAUUUGUAUCCAGGCGCGCCAUUCGAGCACCACAAUCUCCCAUGUCUGCCCUAACCACAUGGGAAGAGGUAGGCGACUGCUGGUGCAGUGCCCCUCGCAACGGAACAACCCAACUAUCUGUACUUCUCGGCCGCGACAUCGUGGCAGAAGAGUUGGUAGUUGAGCAUAUUCCCGUGGGCGCUUCUCUCGAACCACAAGCCGCACCUCGAACAAUCGAGCUAUGGGCUCGCUUCAAAGUCAACCCCCACAAAACACCACUCAAAGCCAAACCAACACCCGAGGCUCGACCUGGCCGUGGCUUCCUGAAAGUCUUCGGUGAUGCCACAUUGUCACAACUCCCACUGUCAACACAUGCCCCUUCGUCCCGUGAAACAGGACUUGGAGGAUUCAUAAUCCCGGGAAUUGGUUCGCUUCAUGGGUUGGUGAUGGAUCUAUUGCGUCGGAGCAACCCCUUCGAACCACCAAGCGCUUACUCAGACGACCCAAUCCUCGGUCCCGACUUCUACCGCAUCGGGAAAGUUGAAUACGACCUCCACAGCCCAGAUUACGCACAGACAUUCAAGCUCAACACCAUCGUCGACGUGUCAACUAUCCGUGUCGACAAGGUUGUCUUCCGAGUGACUUCAAAUUGGGGCGCCAAUCACACAUGCAUCUACCGAUUCAAGUUACACGGGCACAUCUAG